UAAAUGCCGCUAAAAACAGUGUUGUACUAUGAAAAUCUAAGUGAUGGUAAAAAAUAGUGCAUUUAAAAAACAAUUAAAUGUAGUGAUACGAGAACAAUAAGCAUCGGUAAUACUAUAGAGACUUAAAUACUAAAGUUAAUCUACAAAUAUUAAUCAACUAAUAAUAGAAAAAGUAAUAGUUGAACAUUUAUCAAUUUGUACCAAUUCUAAUUAUUCUUCUAUAUUUGAAGAUACUUUAGAUAUUUAGAGUGUGAUUGGUAACAUCUGAGUAAAGUGGAGUAAAAAAAUGCUGAAAAAAAGAAGAAAAUAAAUGGUUGAGAAAUGAGAGAGAGAGAAAAAUUUGGAGUAAAAAAAUUACUCUACCAAAAUCUAGAGGAAAAAUGAAUGUACAUUUCCUUCCUAAUCAAUAGUGCCUAGAGUAAAUAUGAAAAUAUAGUAUUUCACUUGAUUGAUGAUUUUUUGGCUUAACUGAAAGUAAAUAUAUAUCUAGAGUAAAAGUUUACUCUAUGAACACCAUACGAUCAUACCCUUAAAUUAACUCAUAGUAGAAAAUAAAAAUAAUUUUACUAAAAAUAAUGAUUGAAACUUCUAGAUAAUGUUUAGCCAUCACACCAUCUUUAUACUACCGCGACCACUGGUUACAAAAUACUUUUUCUCUUACCCUUUUUUUUUGAAAACUGGCUUUAAUUCUCUUACUUUCAAUAAGAAUAUAACAUAUCAAUCAAAAAUUUAACCAAAAAAUGAGACUAGUCUAUGAAAAUUGUAAUAUAUAUAUAUAUAUAAAGAUGCGUACUUGCUAAAAAUGACUUAUUUUUCUUCUAGUUUAUUCUGCAUUUUGUUUAUGAGUAUAGUUUAUUUUAUGUUGUCGCAUCAUAAAUCAUGGGGCUUGAUUCUAAAUAAAAUUAAAAUAGGAGUUGUGGAACAAAUGUCAACAAUAAUAAACUUAGGAUGCGGUGAAACCCAAGCAAUCUCAAAUGGGUCCCAGCGUGGUGACAUAUUGUCAUCUUUUGAAUUAUUAUUUUUUCCAAAGAAUUCCAAAUAGUUUUUUUUCUCCACUUUUCACUACAUAAUCUUUUUCAUUUCAUUACAGAAUUUCGUUAUAUAGUCGUGAAUUUCUAUAUCCAAAUGAUCACUGUAAGGACAAAUUGUUUGAAAGUAUGUAGCGACGGGUUCAAUAAUUUUCUGUGAACCAUGCUGAUUUUGAUAUUUUAUGGUUGUACAUAUACCAUAUUUUCUGAAAAGUUCAGUGUUUCGGCCACAUUUUUAUAUAGAUGAUUUGUGAUAGUGCUGGAACGACUUCAAAUAUAUCUAUUCUAAUUUAGAUUGUUUUGUAAACAAUUUAAAUACAGAUUUUGAUAAAACUCAAACAAAUUUUUAUUUUUGCAACCAUUUAAAUUGAUUAAAUUUGGAUAAAAUAAAAACAUGUAUUAUCUAUAGAAUUUUCGGUUUGGGAAAUAUCAUGAACCGUGAAUAUUGGUUAAAUAUAUACAGAGUGGCAUCGCGGUCACAUGAAAGCUGCAAGUAAUUAAUAAGAUUAAGGAUGGAAAAGGGAUUAUAAAGCUAAAAAGAGAAUAGAUUCCACAUAAGAUGCAGCAGAUACUUUAACAAAAGAAGAUGUAGCAGAUGUUAGUUGUAUAAUCACGUGAUCUGACUUUGAAGAAUCAAAACUAACUAUACGAGUCACAUGAGUUAUUAUGGAAAUUUACACCCAAACUAUGUGGUGUAUAUAUGUAUACCUUUCAUAACCCAAGUAUACGUUGUAACUCCUUUUCCCUACUGUUCGAGUUGAAUUAAUAUGUUAUGUUAGCGGAGGUAGAAAAAGAAUCUACCGGGGUCAAAAUUUUACAUAUGCAAAAUUACUCAACUAACGAAGGGAGUCAGACCAUCAAAAUUUAAACAAUUAAUCAACAUUUAUAACAAUUAUAUACAUAUAUUAGAUCAAAUUCAAAAUUUCACAGGGUUCAACUGACCCAUGUGAUUCUUCAUUGGCUCCACUUAUGUAUAUAUAGUAAAUUGUUGGUCUAUUCUAGUGUUGUUAGGUAUUGAUUUUAAUACAUGUUAUUUAGUAAUAUUUAAAAUGUUUGGCUAACUACCAAUUGGAAUAUAUGAAUAUGUAGGAGUCCCACAAUUGAGAUGAUGUGACUUGCAUUACAUUUUGGAAUGGAUAUUUUAGGCCGAUUAGUCCACUACAAAUACAAUAAACGAACUAGUAAUAUAUAAGAAAAUACCUUUAAAUUAUAUAUAUAGAGAAGAAAAUCAUAUAAUUUUAUUUGAUUAGUAAUUUAGUAGCGAAACAAAAUUUGCUAAAAUCUAAAAGAAAUAAGUGAAAAAUGUUAUUUUCUGAAUAUUCGCUACUUUUUAUGCUGAUAUUCUUGGAGGUGAAAGAAUGAAAAGAUAUGAAUCUGAGUACGGAGAAAGAAGGGUUUCUUUUUUUUUUUCACGCAGAAAGAAGGGUUUCUUUAUGGCUAAAGUUUUAAUAAUUACUUGUGUGUAAAUGCAAAUAUGCAGAAAUAUAUAUGCAUUUACGUUUUUUUUUACAUUGGAUCCCUCCCACAAAGUGCGUUUUCAUUUUAAUUUUUGGUCAGGAGUCAGGACCCACAUAAUUUUAUAUCAAAUUAUACUGAUGCUCAUAUAUAAGCUCAAGAUGAUGUACAUAUAAUACAUCAGUGUAGAGAGUGCAUUGAACUUGAUAAUAUUACCUUAAAAAGUAUUCAAAUCCUGCUCGUAAAUAAGGUGUUCCUGUUAAUGAUAAAUUAUGCUUUUUCAAUAAAUAUCUCCUUAAUUACAAGUGUUCAUUCAUAUUAUACAACCCAAGAUCCAUUUCAAAUUUGAAGUUUCCAAAACUUCGAUUAUUUAGGUUUGCAUUCAAGCUAUUAUAUCUUUAUUUUUGAUCCUAUAAUUUGAUUGAUACCAAAAUAUUUAGUUUAAGCAACAUUUAUUAGAAUUAGCAAAACGCUAACUUGGACACUUUUUCUUUCUGAGAACUGAUUUAAAGGUCAUAUUUCUGAAUCUUUGUAAUCGAUUAUGUUGGAGAAGCUCGUUUUCUCAUUCUUAAUUUUUCUGAGAGAUCUGUGGUUAAAUACAAUUUGUACAUAAUACACUAUUUAUUAUAGAUAAGAUAGUAUGUUUUGGUGAGUAGUAGUUUUUUCUUUUUUGUAUGUUUGUGCAAUUUUUACAAGCAAAAAUAUAAAUAAGAAAAGUCCUUUUUUUACGGUCUGCAUGCCUUGCUCCCUGGUCGAUUUGGAGGUGUCGCUCUUUGCUAUAUAUAUCAAGCGCGCACACACAUACCAAACAUACACUGACACAAGUAUCUUAGUUAAAAUUUAUUUCCUCCUUAUUAAUGUACAACACACACACAUAUAUACAACAAUAAAACAAAGUACUCUCACACACGUAUACACUAAUAUAACAAUAUAUAUACUGAGGUCUUGUUGCUGUUUCUGAUAUCAAAGUCAUUAGUUUUGUGUUUAACCUUUACCCUUCUUUUUCUGUUUCUCUCCCUGGUUGUGAUAACAUGCCAGACACAAAGAUAUUUCAGUUGUUGCCUGAUGACAAAGAUAUCGCAGCCAUUCACAAUACCGAUAGUCUCCUAGUUCCAUCAAACCCGCAGCCUCCAGAAUCAUCAUUAUCUCCAAGUCUUAAAGAAAAUAAAUCUAGAAGUGAUGGAAACAACCAACAACAAGAUCAGGAUCAAGAUCAAGAACAAGAACAAGAAAAGCUCCAGUAUGAAUCAAGAAGCAAACGAAAAUGGGAAUAUAAUGAUGAAACUUCUCGGGUAGAGAUUCUAGAGACGCCGAGGAAUUCAAACAUAAGGUGUUAUUGUCCUCCUCGGCCGCCUAGAAAGCCAAAAGCUUCUCCGGCCGUGAAAAGGAGAGACGUGUGGUUAAAGAGAUCUGUGGUUUUCUUGGAUGUAGCAAGAGAGGUCGAAUCUAUGUUUCCUCCGUCUGUUAUUCAAGAUUUUGGUAAAAAAAUCAAGAAAGCUAGAUAUUGAUCAAUUUUCAUUAGAUAUUCUAUAUAUCCAUAGCUUAGAUAUUUUUUUCUAUUUGCGUUACCUAUAAGCUUAUAUGCUAUAUUGCUGUGUAACAAAACCACACAAAAACAAAAGUGUAAUGUUGUUGUUAACUUAUAUGGAAUCAAACACCGUUGGUUUUU